AUGGCGCCCACUUUCAUGGUGUCUGCACCAGGAAAAGUCAUUGCCUUCGGUGAACAUGCCGCAGUGUAUGAGCGCAAUCUUCACUGUGGCACGAGUAAGUUACCCCGUGCUGGUGUUGUACAGCGCUGGUUCGCCGUCGUCAGAUUCGGUAAAGAGGAUUUGCCUAGGGUCGGUCCCCCGGGGCCAUGCUACCGGUCAAGUACGAAAAGGGUUGAAGGCCGCGCAGCACGUGGCCAGAAAACCUUGUGA